CAGCGGGAGCGCCCUCACUUUGCGCCCUCUUCUCGGCAGGGACACAGCCAUGCCGUCCACCGGAGAACCACCGCGGCCGGGCGCGGCGUCCUCCUUCGCUCCCUUAGCGACCUUUCCGUGGAUGAUUCAGAGCUGGAGAAAACUGGAAAAGCGCCGUUCCGCCGCAGCAGAUUCCUGAAGGCGCACAACGAAACCGGGCAGGGAAACGGAUGGAGCCAGCCGUCGGGAAGCGCCGUGCCAGCGGCGAGGAGGCACCUGGCACAGGGCGCCCUGGGUAGCGCCUCCUACGCGCGGUCGAGCACCGCUCUGAGGAAGGUGGCACAACUAGAAAGCAAAAUCAUGAAUCGGAAAAAGCAGAUGGACUUGCGAAACACCGAGUUGGGCCAGAAACCUUCAGAUGAGUCCUUCUCAUCUGAUUCCAGUCGUGAACGCAGUGCAAGAGGCAACAAAUAUCGGAAGAAUUACACUACAGCUUGUGAAAGUGUGACCCUCGGUAAUGCCCAUCCUAAGGAAGAUGAAAGCAUCCAAAACCCAAAAGAGAAUGUUACAGUUACGCAGCAGCUUGGUCUGGAUAGUGAGGAAGAGGAACUGAAGGAACUGAUGGAGAGCUCUUUGGAGUUUUCUGGUAGAAACGAGAACAGGAGGGUUGCUAUAAGUGAUUCAAAACAAGGGGGGAAGAGUAAGACUACAGUUUCAUCCAGAAUGCCUCUUCCAUCUCAUAAGGAAAUUUCACAGACACAGAUAUCUAAAGCACCUUCCUUUCACAGCAAAGACUUGGAGAAAAACAUUUUUCUUGGAGUUAAUUCACUAACACCUUCACCAACCAGCAGAAACGUGUCAGUAUUAAAUAAUGUGAGAUCUCAAUCACUGUCGUCUUCCACGAAGGACAAUACUGUAAAGAUUACUCUGCCCAGAAGAGGCAAAAUCAAGCAAAGCCACGUAUCACUUGGAAGUGAUGGAAGUGAAGUAAAGUCAUUAGAUGAAUUAUUUUCAAAAGCAGCAGAGGCAGAAGAUUCAACUAGCGAAAGUUCCAAUGACUUCAAACUGAACAUCCUGAGCCUUGAUGACUUGGCAUCAGAUAUCCCCAAUGAGACACCAGAAUUGAAGCAGAACGAGACAGACAUUCCAAUUGUCCAAAAAUCAAACAGAGACCCCCCAACAGAUACAUUCCAGGUCAAAAAGGCCCAAACCUCCCUUAAAACAAGUGUAGUAACGGGUACAAAUGAUGCAUCUGAAGGGAAUAUUGAAAGAACUGUGACCGAAGCUGAAAUCUCUGAGCAUUUAAGUGCAGUUUCUGCAGAUCUUCCUAGACACAGACAAGAUUAUGCUGAUCAUGACGACAGAACUGUUAAUUCAGAAUAUUCUGAAGACUUCGAAAAGUCCCUGUCUGCAACAGACAGUGAAUCUGUAUCAAAAACGUCAGGGGACCGUUCUAAGAGUUGCACGUACUCUGGAAAAGACCCAUCUUCGUCAGCAUCAUCACCUGUAUUUACCAGAGAGAGGCAUGACCAGGUACAGAGAGUGACUGUAAAGGAAACUGCAGUUCAGACAGUUGAUUCUCCAUUCACCUAUUGCUGGUCAAAAACAAACGAUGCUGCAGCACUUGGCCCACCUGUAGGAAACAGCUACAUUGAUCCAGUACCUAUUGCCAGUCAUGUCAUCAGCAUGGAUACGGUAGAAGCCUUGACAGCGUACAGUCCAUCAGUUCUUGUUUUAAACGACAUGUUAAAACAGCACUUGAUGUUGACUCAACAGUUUGUAAAGAAUAUUCACCACCUUCACUUAUCCCUUGUGGCUUCUUUAGAGAAUGAGCAGUUCCACUAUCAUACACUGGAAGAGGCUAAAGAGUACAUCAAGAAUCACAAAUCCCCACCUUUAACAAUUGAGCAAGCACUCCAAGAAAUUGAGCAAGCACAGGAGCAGAAACUGCUUUGACUCUUUACUUUGUGAAUUUUAACUAGAAUUUACAUUUACACACCUCAGGGUGGAAAAAGAAACCCUUUCAAACGGUACAGAUAAAAAGAUACAAACUAUGUACUGUAAGGAGUUGUACUAACUGUUCUGUAUCUUCCUAUACAUCAUUUAUUUUUCUACAUCUGAAUUUUAACUAAUGUGCACAGUACAGGGAUUGGCAAGAGGCUUCAGGCAAAUUAAGUCAGCGUUCAGCAGAAAACACACAACGAAAGCAUUUCUCUAAAGGGAGCGUAGUAAGUCGUCAUAGUUUACAUGUUUAUCAUGGUAAAAGUGAAAACCUGUACUACGGAGACAAAUGUGAUCACAGUAGAAGAAUACUGUCCUGACUUUAGUGCCUCAUUUAAACAGUGUUUGUAUAUAAUAUAGCUUUGUCAGACUACUACAAAACCAAACCUGAACACAAAAUUAAGGUGAAUUCAAUUUAAGGGAGGCUUACAGCCAAAGUACUGGAAUCCAUUCACUCAGAAAUGUGAGCCACCAUUUUGUUUUUAUUAAAAAAAGUGUUUAUUGGAAGGCAAAACAAUAAAAUUCACAAGUUGAUAACA